GAAUUAUAAAAGGAUAUUUUGUUUCUUGAUCUGGGUCAUUGAUUUUUUUCAAGAAAAAGUUAAAAUAAUUUGAUAAUAUAAUAUUAUUUUAGGGGUGAUUAUGCCCCUGGUUUUUGCUUACUUCCCCAUUGGAUGAUGAGAUAAUGAUAUGCCCAACCUCAAUUCAAAUGCUGGACAGCAUACUGAACCCAGAGAGGCAGAGAGGGUGUUGAGGAAAGAAAAAGGGUAGAGAGAGGAGAGAGGACAGAAGCCAACUGGGUCAGAUAUAGUUUUACUUGGUGAGGGUAUUCUUUGAAAAAGUUCACUCUUGAGACUACUAGAAAAGAACCGGAUAUAGAAAAGAGCCAAUUUUUCCCUUACUCAUUACUGAUUCCCUCACAGGUUUCCCCGAAAUAACAAUUGGUUUGGGUUCAACUUACUGUUUGGUAUCAUUUGUUUGGUUCUUUUGUGUUCUUCAAAGGAGGUUUUGAUGGGAUUUAAAUGCUAAAUACAGCAAGAGGAAGGAAACUUAGUAUUGAACCAUAAAGUGGAAUACUAAGAAGAGAUCAGAGGGUGGACCGCCUUGUUUUCUUGGUUUUGGUGAAUUGUUAGAAUCGGUUCAUGCAGUUUUCGCAUUAUUCUUUGUGGGUUCCGAGUGGGUUUUUUGGUAAAGCAUUGAUUUGGAUGAUUUACGUGACGUGGGCUUUUAGCAAUUUUUGCUUCUCAAUUUGAAUUUUUCAUUCUGGGGUUCUCUUGGAGGGUGAUUUUGAUGAGUUGUGUUGCUGGAACUGGGGUUUUUGUCAAGCUUUCAAGGCUCUUUGUGAAGGCACACAGGUGGGCUUUGGUUAAAAUGUCCAUGAAUUUCAAGCUCUCUGGCUUAACUGGCACAUUGCCAGCAAGUUUUAAGAUGAAGAAGCAAAAUGAUCCUUUGCAUGGGCCUAAUUCUGUCAAGAAAUGGAGGAGAAAGAUUCUGUUUCUUUGGUUUUUAUGUGUUCUCAACAUAGCUAGCAUAUGGUUUCUUUUGAGUUUUGAAAAAGGGGCACUGGGGAGGAAAGACAGGAAUCUAGAUUCUUGUGAAGAAAAAGCUCAAGUCUUGCUCGAGCAUUUCAAUGUCAGCAAGAGCCAGCUUCAUGCUUUGGUUUCUUUGUUUUCUGAAUCAGAUCAGGUAACAUCCCUUGAAUGCCCCAAAGAACUGGGACCUGAAAUGGCAAUGACCAAUGGCAUUACCUGUGCUCUGAAGGUACUGUGUUUAAAGAAGCAGGAAUUUCAACCGCAAGAAAGAUGGGCUACUGAAGAUGUAGAACAUAAUGAGCAAUGCCCAGCUCAAGAUAUGAACAUCCCGAGGAAGCCUGAACAAUCGUUGAGAGACAAAUUGAACAUCUUGCAAACAAGCAAAAUGAGGGACCAUGCAGAAGAUCAUUGUAAUAUUUUUGCUUUUGGUUUGGAAAAAGUAUGUUGGUGGAUCCUUUUUGCAACGAUUGUAAGCAGCACAUUGUCAGGUUUUCAUUUGAAAUUCUGGAGGAAGAAGACGCUGAAGCUAGUUCAUCUGGAGCCAGUGCCUGAGCAUUGGCACCAACUGUUGCAGCUGAAGCAGCAACAGCUAUCACAGAGUCAUCCUAAGGGUGCUGGAAAGUGGAGGAAGAAGAUUCUUAUAAUUUUUGUCCUGCUUGGAAUUCUUACCUCUUUUUGGUUGUUUUGGCACUUGGAUAAAAAAAUAAAGCUGAGAAGGGAAGAGACUCUUGCCAACAUGUGUGAUGAGCGAGCACGAAUGCUGCAGGAUCAGUUUAAUGUGAGUAUGAACCAUGUUCAUGCCUUGGCUAUUCUUGUAUCCACCUUUCACUAUGGAAAAGAUCCCUCUGCAAUUGAUCAGAAAACAUUUGGUGAAUAUACUGAGAGAACAGCUUUUGAGAGGCCACUCACUAGUGGUGUUGCAUAUGCUUUGAAAGUUCCACAUUCAGAAAGGAAGCAAUUUGAGAAACAGCAUGGCUGGACAAUAAAGAAAAUGGAGAUGGAGGACCAGACUCUAGUUCAAGAUUGUAUUCCCGAAAAGUUGGAUCCUGCACCCAUUCGAGAUGAAUAUGCACCUGUGAUAUUUUCUCAAGAAACUGUCUCUCAUAUAGUCUCUAUUGACAUGAUGUCUGGAAAGGAAGACCGAGACAACAUAUUGCGAGCAAGGGCAUCUGGAAAGGGAGUACUGACAUCUCCUUUUAAGCUUUUGAAAUCCAACCACUUGGGAGUUGUACUUACUUUUGCUGUUUAUAAUGCUGAUCUUCCUCUAGAUUCCACACCAGAACUACGAAUUGAAUCUACUGUGGGGUAUCUUGGUGCGUCUUAUGAUAUCCCAUCACUGGUUGAGAAGCUUCUGCACCAACUUGCCAGCAAGCAAACAAUUGUUGUGAAUGUUUAUGACACAACUAAUGCAUUGGCUCCAAUUCUUAUGUAUGGCACUGAUGUUACUGAUACAGGCCUCUUGCACAUCAGCAACCUUGACUUUGGGGAUCCAUUGCGGAAGCAUCAAAUGCAUUGCAGGUUCAAGUAUAAACCUCCUUUGCCUUGGACAGCGAUAAAUGCUUCAGUUGGUGUCCUAGUUAUUACUCUUCUGGUUGGCCAUAUCUUUUAUGCAGCCAUAAGCAGAAUUGCAAAAGUUGAGGAGGAUUAUCGUGAGAUGAUGGAGCUCAAAGUUCGUGCUGAAGCUGCAGAUGUGGCAAAAUCUCAGUUUCUUGCAACUGUUUCCCACGAAAUCAGGACCCCAAUGAAUGGUGUUUUAGGUAUGCUGCAAAUGCUAAUGGAUACUGAGCUUGAUGCAAAUCAAAUGGACUAUGCCCAGACUGCUCAUGCUAGUGGAAAAGAUCUAAUCUCACUGAUAAAUGAGGUUCUUGAUCAGGCUAAGAUAGAAUCAGGCAGGCUAGAACUAGAAUCUGUUCCUUUUGAUCUACAUUCAGUCCUUGAUAACGUUCUAUCGCUUUUUUCGGGCAAAUCCAAUGAAAAAGGGAUUGAGUUAGCUGUUUAUGUCUCCAACCAAGUGCCUGAAGUUGUUAUUGGCGACCCUGGACGGUUCCGGCAGAUAAUUACAAAUCUUGUUGGUAAUUCUGUAAAGUUCACACGAGACAAAGGGCAUAUAUUUGUCUCAGUUCAUCUGGCUGAUGAAGUGAGAAGCCCACUUGGUGUUAGGGAUGCAGUGCUGGAGCAAGGCUUGAAUUUAGCUCGGGACAUGACAAAUGAAAUUGAUAAUACAUUAAGUGGGUGUCCUGUGGUUGACAGAUUGAAAAGUUGGGCAAACUUUAAUAGGUUAAAUAGCACAGAUACAAUAGAGGAACCUGAAAUGAUUAGAUUACUAGUUACAAUUGAGGAUACAGGUGUGGGAAUACCCCUGGAUGCCCAAAGCCGCAUUUUCACUCCUUUUAUGCAGGCUGACAGUUCCACUUCACGAACCUAUGGUGGGACUGGAAUAGGAUUGAGCAUCAGUAAAUGUCUGGUGGAUCUCAUGGGUGGCGAGAUUGGGUUUGUUAGUGAACCUGGCACUGGCAGUACCUUCUCAUUCACUGCUUCUUUCAGAAAAGGAGAAUUGAGUUCUCUGGAUACAAAGUGGCAACCUUAUGACCCUACUAUUAUGGAGUUCCAAGGAUGGAGAGCAUUGGUAAUUGAUAAAAGAAGAGUCCGAGCAGAGGUCACUAGGUACCAUCUUCAGAGGUUGGGUAUAUCCGUGGAUAUAGCUUCCAGCCUGAAAUCUGCAUGUUCUUAUCUAUUGGGAGGUUGCUACACAAGUGUUCCAGCAGAUUUGGCUGUGGUUCUUAUUGACAAAGAUGUUUGGCAUAAUGAAAUCAGUAUUUCUUUCAAUCAUUUGUUGAAAGAAUCCAAGCGAAAUUGUGGAAAAGAAAUCUUAGGUAACCUUCCAAAGAUUUUUUUCUUGGCUACCACCAUCAGUCCUGAUGAACGCUAUGAACUCUUAUCUGCUGGUUUAGCAGAGAAUGUAAUUAUGAAGCCUCUUCGAUUAAGUGUCUUAAUUGCUUGCUUUCAAGAAGCCAUUGGAAGUGGCAAGAAGAGUCCAGCAAAGAGAAAGAAACCAUCAACUCUUCAGAAUCUACUAAGAGGAAAGAGAAUUUUGGUGGUAGAUGACAAUACAGUGAACAGAAGAGUGGCAGAAGGAGCUCUAAAGAAAUAUGGAGCAAUUGUUACCUGUGUGGAGAGUGGCAAGGAUGCUUUGGAACUGCUAAAACCACCACACACAUUUGACGCUUGUUUUAUGGAUCGCCAUAUGCCAGAAAUGGACGGCUUUGAAGCUACCCGGCAAAUUCGGUCAAGGGAGAGGCAAUUUAAUAAGGAAAUUGCAUCUGGGGAAGCAUCAGCAGAGAUGUUUGGAAAUGUGGCUUAUUGGCACACACCAAUACUGGCAAUGACAGCUGAUGUAAUUCAGGCAACAAAUGAAGAAUGCAUAAAAUGUGGGAUGGAUGAUUACGUGUCAAAGCCAUUCGAAGAAGAGCAGCUUUACAAUGCAGUGGCUCGUUUUUUUUGAGUCUCGUUGACAGAAUGGAUUUAGAUGUCAGCUAUUGCUAAUCUGACUUUCAGCCAGCUGGCUGAUCUGCGCUGAAUUUACCUUGACCUCCAAAGCAUUUGACUAGCAGACUAAUGGUGGAUAGAAUGAUCUCCAACACAUUCUUAUCAUCUUUCCAGCUCUGGAUUCUGAGACUUUGAAGGUGACUUAAUUCAAGUAUGGAUGAUCUGGAAGUACAAGCAAAUACUUGUGGCCAAUUUGUUGUCCCUGGUUGGUCACAAUAUGAUCAAUCAAAGGAGACAAUAAUCAACAUGAGUAGGCAGAUGACAAAAUGCUAGCAGUGAUCCUUGUUUGAAUGCUGAUGAGAUUAUCAAUUCAACUUUUGAUCUUCUUCUGACUUGUGCAUGAAAUAUGCACACAAUUUACUGAGGGUGAAAGAAGGAACUAUUUUAGCGCUGCGAAUGGUAAUUUUGACUAUAAUAUUUAUCUUCUGAUCUUCCCUUCCCGAGUAGGAUGGAAAUAAACUAAAAAGUGGGGUGAUAUGCAGAGAAUGCAGCACAACUGCAGAGUGUAAAGGGAGACCCCAUUUAUGGAAACUCAAGGGUAUAAAGACGUACCAGUAGCAUUUUCUUACUUAAAAGAUAUUACUUGAGAUACAUUCUGAUUUUCACUAUGAUUUAUAAAAGAGAAUGAAGUGCUGUAUGUAACUGGUAGUCAACGUGUAAUGAAGAUCCAGUUUGUUGUAACUAAAAUUUUCUUCGUUGUACGUAAAUAGUAACAUUAUUUUUAAUUAACAGAAUAAAUAAAAAGUUGAGAGAGGUUCUAUUGA